GAUGCGUAUGAAAUUGCAGAGCUCAGCGUUCUUCUCCACGGUGUCCUGGAGCCCGUGGAGAAGGGGAAGAGCUCGGUGUCCAGGAGAGAGCAACCUGCACUAAAGGGUAUCUGACCGACAACAUUCUCACUGUGAUUACCUCCAGCCACAUCUCAAGAUUCAAGAUUUUGACUGGACUGUCCGUGCAGCCUAAAUGACGAAGUUUAACUUGUUCAGGCAUCAGACAACGCCCAUGGUUGCUGCCAAGCCAACGGGGGCCAGUGCCUUGACUGUGACUCCAGCCCCUGUCGCAUCAGUCUCUGCUGACAACUCCACCGAACCGGUCAACAAGAACGAUGUCUUCAACGAGAUCAGAAACAAGUUCCUGAAUAACAUUGAGAAGAUCCCACUGCCAUCCUGGGCCAUCAUUGCCAUUGCCGUGGUCGCUGCUUUACUCAUUCUAACAUGCUGCUUCUGCAUCAUCAAGAAAUGCUGUUGCAAGAAGAAGAAGAACAAGAAGGGCAAGAAGGGGAAGGGUGACAUGGGAAUGAAGAACCUGAAAGGCGGAGAGAAACAACAGGAUGAUGACGAUGAAGAAGAUGACAUUGAACCUGGACUGACUGGGGACGAGAAAGAGGAAGAAGUGAAGGAGAAAGAAAAGCUCGGGAAGCUGCAGUACUCCAUUGACUAUGACUUCCAGGAGAACAAGCUGACUGUGGGAAUCCUGCAAGCAGCUGAUCUCCUCUCCAUGGACAGCGGUGGCACCUCUGACCCCUACGUCAAGGUCUUCGUUCUCCCCGACAAGAAAAAGAAGUUCGACACAAAGGUUCACAAGAAAACGCUCAAUCCUGUCUUCAAUGAGACCUUCACCUUCAAGAUUCCAUUCCAAGAGAUGGGAGGGAAGACUCUGGUAAUGUCCGUGUAUGACUUUGACCGCUUCUCUAAACAUGACGUAAUUGGAGAGAUUAAAAUACCCAUGAACACCCUUGACCUGGCUAAGCCAAUUGAGGAGUGGCGAGACCUGGACAGCGCAGAUCAAGAAGAGCCGGAGAAGCUGGGUGACAUUUGCAUCUCCCUGCGUUACGUCCCCACCGCUGGAAAACUCACCAUCUGUAUUCUGGAAGCUAAGAACCUGAAGAAAAUGGACGUGGGUGGACUGUCAGAUCCCUACGUGAAAAUUAACCUGCUGCAGAACGGAAAGAGGCUGAAGAAGAAGAAAACAACAGUGAAGAAGAACACUUUGAAUCCGUACUACAACGAGUCCUUCAGCUUUGAGAUUCCUCUUGAGCAGAUGCAGAAAAUCCAAGCUGUGAUCACAGUGCUGGAUUAUGACAAGAUUGGCAAGAACGAUGCCAUUGGGAAGAUCUGGGUGGGAAGCAAGUCCACCGGGGCCGGGCUGAAACACUGGUCCGACAUGCUGGCCAACCCCCGUCGUCCCAUCGCCCAGUGGCAUCCACUGCAGCCAGAGGAGGAGGUGGAUGCCUCCCUCGCAGCCCUGACUGCCAAGAAGUAAACUCCCACCAGAACACAUCGUCCCCACCUGCACCUAUCUACCCAUGCAUUUCCCAUCAGGUCCCACAUAUCAGUGUAUAUUCCAGAAGAACACCCUCCACCUCCUUCCUCUCCCACUGCCACCUUUCAAAAGAUCCAUAAGUACCAUUCGACAUGAUGGGAAAUAUAGUUUAAAGAAAGCAUCAUGUUAUAUUAAAUCAUGUCAUUGAAAAAAGAAGACAAGUUACAGGAUGACAGAGACUCCGUUGAUUUCCUUUAGAUCUAUUUUUGUAUUGGGGUUGUGGUUCCAUUAAUAAGAAUACAGAGUAGAUUAUGAAGAACAGUAAUAGUAGAGUGCUAUAUGGGAAUCUUGUGAUAGAGGUGAUAAAACAUACAUUCACUCAUAUUGUACUUCUCACCCCUUCCCUUUAGUGACACAGUUUGCUUAGAAUAGUGCUUAAUAAUAAAAUGCUUUAUACUGCCAUAAGAUAGAGAAAUAACACAAGCAGGUCUAUUCCUUUGGUGUACUGUGCACCAUGUUCCACACCUGCCAGUUAUCAUUAUAGAUGAUUCUGUUAGUUUGAAGUACAUUCCUAGAGGGUGGGGCGAGUAGGGGUAGGCACAUAUCCAGUUACCCACAAACACACUGCCGUUUGAUUAGUUAACCUUCCACCCUUCGUCUCAGGAAAACUGAGAGGAAACUGAAACUCCAUGCCUUUUUUUCUAAACGGGUUGUUAUUCAAAUACUCCACUUGAUGAGAAAGAAAUGUUGGAUUCAAAAGCGU